GAUUUGGCGUUCACUACCCGGGAAAGGGAGGCCCUGUAUCUGAAGGGACUGUUGCCUCCGUGUAUCCGAACGCAGGACAUGCAGGUGGAACUGGCCAUGACUAACAUCCGGCUCCAGAAAGACGAUCUGGGGAAGUACAUGUUCUUACGUGAACUUCAGGACCACAAUAAGCGGCUCUUCUAUCGAGUUCUUCAACUCUAUACCUCUGAACUCAUGCCCAUUGUGUACACGCCUGGAGUGGGCGCCGCCUGUCAGAAGUAUUCGAUGCUAUUUAAGAGACCGCGCGGUCUAUUCAUCACUGUUCACGACGCCGGACGCGUGCCAUCCAUUCUGGCCAAUUGGCCCGAACCCGAUGUUAAGGCUAUUGUGGUGACUGAUGGCGAGCGCAUCCUUGGAUUGGGAGACUUGGGAGCCAACGGAAUGGGAAUACCUGUUGGAAAGAUGGCUUUGUAUUCAGCAAUCGGUGGAAUACCACCGGAAUUGACACUUCCUGUCUGUAUAGACGUCGGAACCAAUAACGAAGCCCUUCUUAACGAUCCGUAUUAUAUCGGAUUAAAACAACGCCGAGUGACUGGCAGUGAAUACAAUCAUCUGAUCGAUGAGUUCAUGGAGGCUGUGGUGAAGCGUUGGGGCCGACAGACACUCAUCCAAUUUGAGGACUUCGCUAAUAAUAACGCGUUCCGUCUUUUGGAGAGAUAUAAGACCAGAUACUGUGUCUUCAAUGACGACAUUCAAGGGACCGCUUCGGUGGCCGUCGCCGGCAUUAUGGCCAGCCUUAAGAUAACGGGCACCAAAAUCACCCAGCACACUUUCCUCUUCCAGGGCGCCGGAGAGGCGGCGUUGGGAACAGCGGAUCUAUUGGUGAUGGCUAUGGAACAGGAGGGUCUGUCCACCGAAGACGCCAGGAAUCGCAUUUGGUUACUCGACUCCCAGGGUUUGGUCACUAUGAGUCGUAUGGGACGUAACGACAAACAUAAGAUGCAAUUCGCCAAACAGGCGGCCGAUACCAAAAAUCUCGAAGAGAUUGUCGAUUUGGUCAAACCUUCUUGUAUUAUAGGUGUGUCCGCAGUUUCGGGCGCUUUCACGCCAACGAUACUCAAAAAGGUCGCGUCGUAUCACAAGAGACCGAUUGUGUUCGCGCUGUCAAACCCCACGAGCAAAGCCGAGUGCACCGCAGAGGAGGCCUAUAAGCACACCGACGGUCAGUGUGUGUUCGCGAGCGGCAGUCCCUUCGAUCCGGUGGCCCAUAACGGCAAGACCUUUCAUCCGGGACAGGGAAACAACGCCUAUAUCUUCCCGGGAGUGGCGCUCGCAGUGAUGGCCUGCGGUGUGAAUGAGAUCAGAGACGAAGUAUUCUUAGUGGCGGCCAAAGCGUUGGCCGAUUUGGUGACCAAACAGGACUGCGAUGAGGGACGCGUUUACCCACAUUUGGACCAAAUCAACGAGACGUCUCUGCGAUUGGCGGCCAAAGUCGCCCAAUGGUUCUACACCGAGGGUUACGCUACCCAUCGGCCCGAACCCGAAGACAAGUAUCUGUUCCUGAAGGGGAAGCAAUACGACGCCACUUACGAUGGCAGCAGUUUUAACAAACACAUCAACGGAAAAUCCUCGUGGAGUUCAGCGAAUCCCAGUUUCACCCGUUGAGACCCAAACACCUUAUUAUGACAUUUAUAUCUUAUUAUUAUAUUUAAACUAAUAUCCAUUUGAAAUCAAUCAAUAUUUCUGUUAUGACUCUAAUUGUUA